AUGUCUGACCGUUGCCAGCCCUUCUUGCAGUGCAUAAGAAAAUCUGCCAACACCACUUGGGGACCGGAGCAAAGAAAAGCGUUGGAAGAACUGAAAACUUAUUUGAGCUCCCCUCCUAUAUUGAGCUCCCCCAUAGCUAAUGAAGAUUUAUUCUUAUACCUGUUCGUCUCACAAUUCGCUGUGAGUUCUGUUCUCUUUCGAGAAGAAGCCAAUUGUCAAAAGCCAGUGUUCUACUACAGCAAGAUGCUCCUGGACGCUGAAACUCGUUACAGUAUGAUGGAAAAGUUGGCACUCGCACUCCUUAUGGCAAAGAAGAAGUUAUGGCAAUAUUUUGAAAGCCACACCAUCAUUUCGUUCACCCCUGACACUCUGCCAGAAUUGUUAGAGUCAGAAGAUCAAUGGGUGUGGACGAUGCAUACUGACGGAGCAUCCAAUUCCCAAGGGGCUGGUAUUGGCAUCGUCUUAGAAGCUCCCUCGGGCCUCAAAAUCGAAGAAGCCAUUUGUUUAGAGCAAUCCACGAUGAAUAAUGAAGCAGAAUAUGAGGCACUAAUCUAUGGUUUAGAACUAGCACGAGAAAUGGGCAUCCAACGUCUGAAUGUCAGAGGAGACUCACAGCUUAUGAUAGAGCAAGUGGCUGGAAAUUUCGAUACUAAAGCACCCCAUCUGGCUAGCCUUUUACAGAAGGUAACUGACUUGCGAUCGCAUUUUCGCCAGUUCGAACUCACACAAGUACCUAGGGAGAAAAAUCAGAAGGCCGAUGCCCUUGCCAAAUUAGCCUCUGCAGGAGGUUGCACGCGCCAGUCCUCCAUAUCUAUAAGUCGAUCAAGCAAAGACAUGGAAGUCUAUUCAUCCUCAUCAGAACCUGAAUGCUGGAUGGAUCCAAUCAUAAGAUACUUGUCCACCUCCGAACUCCCACCUAACCCAAAAGAUGCAAAACUUCUGCGCCUUCGGGCACAGCAUUAUUCCAUAAUCCAUGGGACGCUGUAUCGCAAGUCCUUCAACGGUCCCUACCUACGGUGUUUGCGUCCAUCAGAAGCUAAAAAAUUGCUAUAA